GAUUGCAUCAUCAACAGUCGACGUGAGAGGGCGAGCGCUGAAAGGUCCCCUACAGCAGGCAGCAAAACAAGAGGAGGGAAAACUACAGGGGGAUAUAAAGUUAAGGAAAAUAAAUAAACACUGAAAUUAAAACUUAUAACUCUGCAACAGUUCGGCUCUGUGUGUCUGACAGCUUUACAGCUUUACCAUGUUUAUCUCUUCUGAGAACUCGCCGCCUUCCUUCAAAGAUUUCACCCUCGUCAUGGUGAGUGGAUGAAUCAAUGCUUUCACUUUGAGGCUCAUUCCACCACAGAGACUCUGAUUGAGCUGCUUAGAUCAACUACAUCAACAUUUAUGUGGUUCUCCACCUUUGUUAUUAGACACAUGCUCAACAUGACAACAGUUGGUGAUUUCUGCUCAUUUUUAAGUUAUUAAUGAUACGUGAACUGAAUGAAUAGAAAUGAGAUUUAAAGGGAUAUUCCGGCGUGAAAUUAAGUUAGGGUCAAACACACUGUAACACCGAGUUAUAUACCGAGAUGCAUGUUGCCGACCGCUUGCUUCUCUAGUUAUACCAAAUUUAGUAACGACCGCACGGGGUAAAGGGGUGGCGCAGCUCAAGGAAGAACAUUUAUGAUAAUUUUUUCAUGGAAAUGCAAUCAGACCGAGACGCUAAGACAGAAGAACUACCGCGUCUGCAGUGCAAAAUGAUAAAUAUGGUGAUUAUUACUUCAAGGAAAUGAUUAAGAAAUGAUCAAAAAUGUUCUUUCUUGAGCUGCGAAACUCCGUUGGUGAUGGACACGUCCGAGGUCUCUGUACAAAAAAGCGGCUGCUGGAAGAGAGUAGGUGAGUUGUGUUUAGUCUAUUUGCUAAAGAAAUCAGGCAAAGCUAAAAAGAUCACACCAUCAAAUAACAUUAAAUUCCUAUCACCCACAGCAGAAGUAUCAUCCUCAGAUUGCUUGUACAGACUCCAAACACAGAUGAUGAUUCAGAGUACCGUGUUUUUCCUCACAGCCAGCAGUCGCUGUUGGUAAUGUGGGCCAGCUGGCUGUGGACCUCAUGGUGUCCACACUCAGCAUGAAAAGAGUGGGCCACAUUCACACAGACUGUCUCAUCCCCAUGGCUGGGAACAACCCGUAUGCCACCUGCAGUGAAGACAUGGAGGAGUUGCACACGCCUGCAGAAGGUGACAGAAUAAAUGCUCUCUUUGGGUCUUUGGCUGCUUUAGAGACAUAAAUGUGAGGCAUGUCCUCUAAUAGAGAAAAGCCCUUUUGAGGUCCUGUGAAAAGUUGGUAUGUUUUAUGUUAGAGCCAACUUGUUAACUUAGAAUAAUAAAGGUAUUUACAUUUAAUUAUUUACCAGACUUAGAUACUCCGCCGUGCAUCUACAGUGUUCUUGUUUUCUUUUUUCUUUACUGUAUUUCUCAUUUAAUUUGCCAACUUUUUCUCAUCAACAGUGUACACAGCAGCAGAUCUCAAGUUAGCGGUUCUUCAAAUCAGGGCGCCAAUUGUUCAGGUACUCCAUUCCAUCAUAAUCAACUACACAAUCCAGAAUUAUUAGAUGGCUUUAGACACUCUCUUUGUUCAUCGACCUGUUUUUUUGACAACUUUUUUUUUUUACUCCAGACAAAAUCUAAAAAGUUCAGGGAGCUGGUUGUGUCUUGGAUCAAAUCCAGUGGUUUCUCCAGAGCUGUUGUUCUGUCGAGUUGCCACGCCUACCAGAGGGAUGACCAACAGCUAAAAGGGUACCUUACUUACUAUAACAAGUGCAGUCUUUCCUCUUCGCUGUUCACGGUCAUAUUAUCUUACAAACAUGCCUGUGUUAGCACUCCAUUAAGGUACCUGGUCACUCCGUCUCUACUAAAGCUGAGUGCAGAUGCGUUCAAAGAGCUUGAAUGGAGGGAGAUGGAGCGAGUGGCGGCCUUUCCGGGACUGGUGGACGCCAGCGCAGAGCCACGCUUGUACAUACCCGGGGGAGGAAUAACCAAAGGACUCUACACAGACAGGUAUAGAGAAAAGAGACGGGUGUAUCAGCAUGCAGGCAACUUCUAAAGUACACAAUAAGACAAAUCAGCUCAUAAAUGUUAGUUCAGAAGCUUGACCAUGUGGAUGUUGUUCUCAGCUGUGCAGAGGAUCUCCCUCUGGCUGUGCUGCUGCUCUUCUGUUCAGAGGGCGACAACAUCCCAGACGCCUUCACACUCGUCAACCACCUGAACGACUGGCUCCAUCUGCUGGAUAACCCUGUGAGUGACACACUUAGAGAAGCCUGUCGAACUGCUGUUUCGUCACAGAGCCGCUUUGCCCUUAAGAUUUUUACAGUAAAAGCAAAAACUGGAAACAAAAAAUUAGAUUUGGAUUAAAUUUUAUAACUCGUGACUCAGGGCUAAAUUUUUCCUCACGAUUAUGUCUUUUUCUGAUUUCCGUUUCAGAGCAAAGAGCCAAAUAAAUGGAAGAUCCCAACUUCGUGGAGUCUCCUGUUUGGCAGCGGCAUCCCCCCGGCACUUUUCUGAUACACGCAUCAUGGUAUUUAGUUUUUGCUAUGUUUAGCUCGGCUUCUGGGAAAUGCCGUGAGCUCCAAAAAUCUCACAGAUGGUUUCUUUGACAUGUGAGUGAUUCAGCCGUGACACCUUUUGUAUUUGACAGAGAUUUGUGAAACAUUCACAAGUGUGAAUCUGAUUAGUGAAAGGAUGAUUGCUUUGUGUGCCUGAAGGACAAGGACAAUGUGCUGUAAACAAUAUAAUGUGUUGAAUUUGGACAUAAAACACAGACCUGAUAGACCCUUAAAGACAUUUAUCUCAGUAAUCCUUAUAUGUCCCAUUAUAUGCAGAAAUAUCAAACAUGCACUUCAGGAGUACUUUUGUAAACAAAGGUAUAUAUUGUUGUUUUUUUUUAACAAAUAAAUAAUUGUUAAAAAAAAAAAAAAAA